UGUCAGUGUCAUAUCAUUGUCAAUGAGCAAUGUUUUAUUUUUAUUUUGGACUGUUUACAUUUUGUUAUAUUAACACUUAAGAUACCUGUUUCUAAAAAUGACUGAAGUAGAUCUGCAGAGUGAUGAUUGGGACUUACCGUGUUCAGACGACGAACUUUCAAAAUAUGGCACUAAUAUUGGAAAAAACUGGGCGGUGGAACCAAAUGAAUUAGAAGAACUUUACAAUACUAUUGAUAAAGGCGGAACUUUGUCGCUGGAAUGGAAAUGUUCAGGUCGUCGAGCGCCGUCACCAAUACCUGUGACAAAAGAAAGUAAGCCUGAAGUGCUUGUCUCGCCUGUAAGAGAAGAAAAGUCUGAUUUCGAUUUUAUGGAUGAAGUAAGUUCGCUGCGAUUGCGAGUGCGACGAGAGGGCGAAGACACGCUCCGCGGUUCUGCCAAGAAGAAGACGACGUCGUUCGAUGGCAUCCUAUCAAACCUGAUUCGUCACAAGCGCAUUGAGCAAAUGGAAAUGCAAGCAAACACACCUACUUCAUCAUCCCCAAGCACCUCUUGACCCUGUGAAAGUGUGAAGCCUGACACAAAAAUGUAAACAAUCUGUUAUAUUGUAUUUGUGAUGUCCGUGUUCAGCAUUAAAAUGUAAAAGAAUGGGCCAAAAA